AGCCAUCCAGCUGUCAACUGGGACCCACACCAUCGCACAGAAGCGUGCGGCGCCGGGCGCGGCACCGCCCCCAUCGGUUGGUGCCCAUGCUGGCGACCGCCUCGAUGAUGCAAGCGCCCAUCAACAUGGAGAAGAACAGCAUCUCGGAAAACGAAGGCCCCUUCUCCACGCGUCGGACGUCCACGGAGCCCGUCACCUUCAAAGAGUUGCUCGCGGCGCUGGCCACGUGUCACGAAGCGGAGGUCGAGACGCUGCAGAUGCGCAUGGAUCACUUGCAAGCAGAAAACCGGCUGUUGAGUAUGAAGAUGAAGGACAGAACCGGUCUACGUGGCACUCGUGCGACGCGACGCACACAAAAGUCAGUGAUCGCCAGCAAGACCGAUGCAGAAGAGGGAGAGGUGGAGCCAGAGAUCGCCUUUGUGAACCCCACUGUGAGCCUUCCGGCGGCCGAGUUCACCAGAAAUACGACUGUGCGGAUGAAAAGCCAGAGCGGUGUAGCGGAGCUGAGCGGUCUGAAGUCGCCCGUGGAUGAGGGAUCAAUGGCAGUGCCACUGGAGAGGCCUUCAAAAAAUUCAAAAUCUGAAGAGAGGAGUCAGGCGGGUGAAGGCGAAGAAAUUGAGAAUGAGGAGGAGGGGGCAGAUGUUCACGCUCCAAAGUCCACUUACUAUAUCCGAGACGUUUGGAUGAGAACCUCUUUGGGAAAGACGAGAUCCCAACAACAGGUGGCCGCGUUGCAGAGGUCGCAGACCAUGGAUCGUAUGGAGAAUAAACGCUCCAGCAUCGCGGAGGAGGAUACGGAGAUCGUUGGAUUGAGCAAUGGCAUGUGGAAGCACAUCAUUGGAAGCCCGACCAGUCCGAAGAGGAUGAUCUGGGAUGCCAUCGGCGGCGUCAUGAUCCUUUGGGAUAUUGUGGCACUGCCACUCAUGGUGUUCGAUGAGGUGGAUGGACCCUUUACAGAUGCCUUAGGCAUGAUAGGCUUGUCGUAUUGGACAUUAAAUGUGGGUAAUACGCUCACGUGUGGCUACUUGCACAACGGGGUCACCAUCAUGAGUCCAUGGGCCAUCUUCAAGAGGUAUUUGACACGAGGAAUCUUCCUUGACUUAGUCACCCUGGUGCCAGACUGGGUCGUCACGAUGAUUUCCUUCUUAUCCACCAACUCGGGCUUCCAAGAAGCCAGACUUCUGCGUGCCUUGCGAGCCUUCCGGCUCACGCGUUUGGUGCGGAUCGUCAAGCUGCGGUGGCUCAUGGAGGUUGUUCGAGAUUACUUGGACUCCGAGUAUGCCAGCAUUAUGUUCGAAAUCUCUAAGAUGAUGGGCUUGCUCCUGGUGAUCAAUCACGUGUUGGCCUGCGCUUGGUAUGGCUUGCGUUUCGUGGGUGUGGAGCUCGGGUGGACCACAUGGUGGACGGGCAAUUUCCUGAUCUACGACCCUGCUCGACCUCGGGACCAACAGGGGUGGGUCUACAGCUAUCUCACCUGCUUGCACUGGAGCUUGUGCCAGUUCACACCUGCAUCCAUGGAAGUGCAGCCUACGAAUCCCCUGGAGCGCGGCUUCGCGGCCCUCACGGUGCUGUUCGCCUUGAUCGUGUUCUCUUACAUUGUGGGCAGCAUCACUGGCUCCUUGACACAGCUUCGGAUGAUGUCAGAGACCAUCACCCGAGAGACCUUGAAGCUCCGGCGCUUCCUGCGGCGGAACGCGGUGCCCAUCGGUCUGUCGCUGCGCAUCCGACGCUUCGUGGAAUUCGAGCUGAAGCGCCGCCAGCAGCCGGUGAACCACCAGAGCGUGGGGUGCCUCGCAGUCUUGUCCGAGCAGCUGCAGGUGGAAUUAAGCUUUGCCUUGGUCCAGCCAACGCUAAACACCCACGCCCUCUUUGAAGGGCUGAUGAAAAGCACUGGAGGGCUUUUGCUGCUGGAGAAAGCCAGCCAGUCCUUCGAGAAGAAGACCCUGGCAAUGGAUGAUUGGGAGUUCUUGCCAUACACACAUGCAACCUCCAUGCGCUACUUGCUGGCUGGAGAGUUGCGAUAUGUUCGCACCAUACAGAGCAGCAUGGAUAAUGAAGAAGUGACGGAGGAACUCGUCAUUGAGCCAGGUGGAAGCCGCUGGAUCUCCGAAGCCGUGAUGUGGAUCCAAGACUGGGAAUAUGUGGGCGAAUUGUCUGCGACGAUCGAGUCCCACUUGCUUCUCGUUCACUCGAUUCGCCAGGUACGUCGCCAGGUACCGCCCCAUCCACGCCCACGGCCGUAUCCUAACAACCGGUUCGUUUGGCCCGGUCCAGGUCUUGGGAUCGUUUCAUGACCUCUCUUGGCACACCGACCUGUUCAGUUCAUCCCACGCUGUAUGCAUAAUAUAGAAAGAAGGGGUCCUUUUUAUGGAAAAGCAUCCAGAAGCCUUUGUGCCGGUGGCAUUGCACAGCAAUUGCAGGUAAUUAGACUUGCCGGCACUAAAACAUGGUCCAGUCACUUUCCUCACAGUCCUUUGUUUUGGUUGCUGCCCAGAAGCUGUGCGUCAUUGUACUAGAGAUUUAGACCCAAAUAGCCUCAGACAAGAAACAUGUGAUCAGUUGAAGUCGAACUGUCAUUUGCUGCAGAUGUGCAAUUCAUUGAGAAUCUGUUCACUUUGCAGAGCUGGAGUAGCCAUCACUGGCAGAACCUUUGGGUUUCAAUUCUAGUUGACCGACCUCAUUCUAGUUCAUUAUGUAUGCUAAAUGUACAUGUUCAUGUUUCCAGCUGGCGCAGCCGUGCCACCACACCUAACGCUUCAGGUCGCAAGUUGAUUUGCCACUUGGCGCAGUCGGACUGGGCAAAAAAUCAGAAUCAGCGCUACCAUCUUCAGGGUACAUAGCUGAUAGACAGUCUGGUACAUAGCUGAGACGCCCCUCAACAACAUCAUUAAAGAAGCUGUAUGUCACAGGAUGGUAUGGAAACGUUGCCUCAACCACCACAGCUUUAGUUCGCAGUCUCAGGAUUUAGAACAGUGAUCAAUGGUGUUGUUUCGGAAGUGCAAGUGUGAAACUGCAACACCUUGCGAGAAUGGUGGAACACGCACGGCAUUACAUAAGGUUAUAUAAGAUCAUAUAAGAGUAGUAUGUACUAUUGGUUAAUUCUAUAUUUAUAUAGUGUUAUAUAUGCAUAUGUUGGUGCAAGUUAAGUAUACGUCCUUUUACUUCAAGUUAAGUAUACGUCCUAGUCCUACUACUUGAGAUUUUACAGUGAGGCUUGAAGCACCUUGAAGUCUUGUUAUAAGCAUUUCAGCUUUUGAUCCACCUGGACCUUCAGUCCUGGGGACAGAUUCCAUCUCGACUAGCCGACGCCUCCAUGGCACUCGAGGUACCCUGCGUCUCACAAGCUGCUGAAGAACUAUGCCAACGAUUUCGUGAUGUGGCUCCAGAGCUUGCAGCCUGAUGAGAUGACCGACGUUUUAGAACCCAUCAUCGUGACGAUGCUUGUGAGGAAUCAAGCCACUGGGAAGAAGAAUUUCGCGCCUCAGCAGCUGCAAGCUCCUUCCUCCUUUCCUCGUGCCACCGUUUGAAGCCGCUGACCGCUGAGCGGCCUAGGCGCCCCUGGCCGGGCCCUGGGGCGAAUACAAAGGCUCCAAAGGGGAUGCAGAAAAUGAA